AAAGGUUUAACUGAUAAUUUUGGUGAUGAUAAGCCCAAAUGAUUAUAAAUGAAUUUUGUAAAUGUUUCAAUUAAGAAGAACAGUUGUAAAUAACAUAUUUCAAAGGUUUAAUAUCAUAUCAAAUUCGUCAUUGCAUAUUAGAAAAUAUACAAUGGGUCGACUUGAAGGAAAAAAUGUAUUAAUUACGGGAGCUUCCGCCGGUAUUGGUGAAGCAUGUGCUAAAGAAUUCGCUAAGGCCGGAUCAAAUUUGAUUCUUACAGCUAGAAGAAUUGAACGACUUGAAAAACUUCGUAAUGAAUUUUCCCAAAAAUAUCCUUCAAUCAAAAUUUUCACACAUCAAUUAGAUGUUCGUGAGAAAGCAAAAGUUGAUCAAUUAGUUGGUGCUUUACCAUCAGAUCUGAAAAAUAUUGAUGUGCUUGUUAAUAAUGCUGGGCUCGUUAUUGGAAUUGAUAAGAUUGAAAAUGUUACAGCUGAAGCAAUUGAUACUAUGAUUGAUACAAAUGUUAAGGGAUUGUUAAAUGUAACCCAAGCAAUCCUUCCUAUAAUGAAAGAACGUCAAAAAGGGCAUAUAAUUAAUAUUGGAUCAGUUUCAGGACAACAAGUUUAUACCAAUGGAGGUGUAUACUGUGCUUCAAAACACGCGGUUGAUGCAAUUUCAAGAACCUUGCUUCUUGAAUUGGUUGAUACUCCAAUUAGAGUAACGCAAAUUAAUCCAGGAAUGGUUGAAACUGAAUUCUCUGUAAUUCGAUUUGGUGGAGAUAAAACUAGAGCUGACAAAGUUUACGAAGGCUUGCAACCUUUAACCGGUGAAGAUAUUGCCGAGACCAUUGUUUUUGCCGCAUCAAGACCUGAUCAUGUAAACAUCGCUGAUAUAUUGAUUUAUCCAGUUAAUCAGGGAGCAGUUACGACCGUUCAUAGACCACUUUUAAAUAAAUGAUUAAAGAAAUCAUCUUUGAAAAAGAAUAUUUGGAAUAUUUGAAAAUUGAAAUAUAUAUUUUUUAAAAAAAGUUUUCGAUAAAUGAUUUGAUUAACGAU